AUGGUCACCUUUGUGCAACUGGUGGUAAAGAUUCGAGAAAUCUUUUCUCAAAAGCUUGUAGAUGUUGAUGAAGUCAUGCAAGUUAUGGAAUCAUACAAAAGCAAAAUAAAUGAGUGGAGACGAUUUGCCAUUUUUGAUAUGAACAAGUGAGAUCACUUAUUCAAUUACUUUUUUUGAAAAGCUCUAUUUAGAUAUACUAGAAAUUUAGUAGAUGUUGGGAACGGAAAGUACAAUUUGAUGAUUUUAUGCUGGGGACCUGGAAUGGCAAGCAGGUAGUCAAUAGUGCUAACUAUUUCAUGUUUUCCUAUUGUUCUUCAGUGUCCAUGAUCAUACUGAUGCUCACUGCUUUGUAAAAAUCCUUGACGGGACUCUCACAGAAACUAAAUAUGCUUGGCCACGGAAAAGACACGUACCACUCGCCGUUCAUGAAAAUACGACCUACAAUGUUGAUGGAGUUUCUUAUAUGAAUGGCUAGUUGAAAUAACUCACCGACUCUCAGCGAUUUCUUUUUUUGUUCCAGAUGAGCUUGGAUUACACAGAAUGGAAAACCAAAGUCACUCAAAUGGGGCCGUUUCUCUGCAUCUGUACAUCCCGCCUUACAAUACUUGCCAUGCAUUCGAUGAAGUCGAUAUAAGAAAUUUUCUCUUAGAAUGAUGAAUGAUUUUCAGAGAACCGGAAAAAAAACAAAAUGCACAGUAACAUUUUAUUCGAAAUAUGGUAAGAAACUGGAGUAUCGAGAUUUGAAAACAGGAAAAUAA